AAACUUUUGUUCACUGCAUUUCAAUACCCCUGGCAAUGGUGAGAGCACAAAUUAUUUAGCCCCCAUGACUACCUCAUUCCCCUCGCUCUCUUUACGAGACAUUCUAUCUUCACCUUCUCGAAUCGGAGGCUCUCUAAGUGAUAGUCUGGUAACGGCCGUGGGCGGGCUAGCAACCAUGGUCGAUGAAGACAUCCAUGCUGCAAGUACUCUGCAGGGGAUAAAACCUGUCCCACGGCCCCAAUCUCCAGGCACUCAGAAGGCUACGGAUGCUAUUGCUUUCCCCGAUGGUAGUUUAGAGGCAUCUAGGACGAUAGGCUCACCAACAUCAUUUCUUCCAGAUCGAACUCAUGAAAGUGAACCCCCUCACUUGGGACCCCGGAAUCCAACGACCGUUACCAACGACGAUCCAUCGACUAAUAGGCAUGACUCGGGAUACGGCGAGAGCCUAUCCGGACUGAACCCUGAGGAGAACUGGUUCUUUGAUCACGAAAUAUUCGAUAAAAGCACUGAUUGGCUUAGGGGCUGGGGUGAUUGGCCUGCUGCUUUGCAACGGGAGGGGCAAGCCGGAAGUUGUACCUUUUUAGAUUUGAACCACUCCGCCGCUUCCGGGGUUGCCCCCAACCGCACUGUUACAGCUGCGGCAGGUAGCAGCAAGCGGGUUGCGUCUCCUGUCUCGGUAUGUUCGGAUGAGGGCUCUAUGCUCAAGGCCAGACAUCGCGAUGACCGCCAAACACGCCUGCCAGCAGUUAGACCGAUAAAAGACCAUAAUUCCGUUGAGGACUUUCUCCCGUGGGGUUGGCAGUCAUCGAGAGAGAAGUUGGAAAGGAAAGUCACACUGCCUCCUCUUAGACAGAUCCUGGAAGAACUUACUCCGCAGACACUAGCCGUCACCCAGGCUCACUCUUCGGCUAAUGCGAAUAAGGGUGAAUCUUGGAUCGAUGACGGGAUACUAAAUGAUAUGGUCUCUCUGCUCUCAAUUCCGGUGGAGAGGUUUCCAUAUGAGAGCGCUGAUAUGAGCAGAUUUCCAUCCAAGGAAAUGAUUGAUUCCUUCAUCAAGAUUUACUUUGAGCAGUUUCACUCCAUCCUCCCAAUGAUCCACAAACCAACAUUUAGUGCCAGAACUUUCCCCACCAUAGUUCUGGUGGCCAUGGCUAGUAUUGGCGCGAGUUAUAGUCAUCUGGAGGGUGCCAAGAUGUUUGCCGAUAGUCUGAGCGAGCUUUGCAAGAGGACAUUGGCUUGGAUGGUAAUUAUGUAUGUUCUCCCGUUCUCAACACGGAAUAUUGACUUGUAUGGCGCAGGCUGAAUACAACCCCGAGUAUCCCCAUUCGGAUUUCUUCCUCAUGGCUUCGUGCUUGCAAAACGUCUACGCCUUGGGAUCCGGGUCCUUUCGCCUUUACGAUUGCGCAGAUGUAUCUAGGAGCGCACUAAUCGGGAGCGCUCGUCGGAUUGGGCUAUUCUCUGGUCGUGUGUCUCCACCAUCCUCCUCACCCGGUUCCACGCCGGGCUCACCUAACCCCAAGACUACCCGCGAUGAGGAUAAUCAUAAUGAGAAGGAAGAAAUUGAGGUUAAAUGGCGUCGGUGGUAUAUGAAGGAAAAAUUGAGACGCCUUGCGUGGUCCAUCUUCGAAUAUGAUUGCUCAUUCUCGACUUUAUCCAAUCGCCGAGGCGCUAUAACAUUGAACGAUAUUUCUACACGCAUGCCAUGUGCAGAGGCCCUAUGGCAAGCCCCUACUGCACAGGCCUGGGGGGCGUUACUGGAAUCGGGAGUCCUCCCCCCUGAUGCAGAAAAUGGAACACCAUUCUAUCCGACUCUGCGUGAUGUGAUCUCUGGGAAAAUGUCACCAGAGAACUUGACGAGCUGGGGCAGGAGGCUGUGCGCGCAGGCUAUUGGAAGAAUCCUCUGGGAUUUUAAGGAACUUGAGGAAAGUGUAUUAAGUGGGAGCAGUCCAAUUGGAAAUGACGGAGGGUUAGGGUUACCAAUGUUGAGCCCUGGAUUGAAGCCGGCGAAGGAAAAGUUAUUAAAGAGUUUAAUGGUUAUAUGUGAGGGGGUGAGGGAGAGACAGAUGGAGGCUGGAUGGAGAGACGGAGAAGUUGAUGGGGAUGGAGCUCAUAUGACGUUUGUCCACUCCUUCUUUAUCCCUGAUCUAUUGCUAACGUUGACAGCUUGACACUCUUGAUAUCCCAUUAUACUCACCUCCACGCAGCUUUCCCCACCGUUUCGUUAAUCCUCUCACUUGCACGACGCCCGCCCUCGCCGACCACUGCACCAGCAGACCCACGCAUAGCCAGGCUGAAAACUAUUUUCCUAACAGAUCCUGUCUACGCUAGAACCCUGGCAUGGAACGCCGCGCAAAUUAUAACCCUCUCCCGCUGGAAACCUGUCUGCUCCCCAAUCGAGGGCAUGCGUAUUUUUAUGGCAGGUGUGGUCCUCUGGGGCUUCGGCCGCUACUUCCGGGAACCUCUACCACCUAGCCCUCUACCUUCCGGACCCUUGGGAGGGAUUCAAGAGGAGGUUGUCCGACUGGACUCCCAACCAUGGAAAGGGGUGGAUGAUUGGAUCAAGAAAGGAAAAGGCAAGGCGACGAUUGGUAGCGAUCAACAUGCCGGGAAUGCUAUGACUGAGAUAUGCUCCGAGAUGGGGGCCAGGGAGGUGCUCAGAGUUGUUGUGGGGAUUCUGGGGCGGAUGAGAGUUUGGGGUCUUGGAGGGGAGUUUAAAAAUGUCCUCGAGGAGAUGGUUCGGAGGAGUUGAUUUCCCGCCACACCUCCAUCCAUCCAUCCAUCCAUCCAUUCAUUUUUUGUUUCUUGAGCUUUUGCUUUUUCGGUUUGCGGGGGUUAUUUGAUUUUGUACGGUGUUGAAUAGGAGCCGAGUUUGCUUUGUAUGAUGGCGUGUGACCUACUUUUUCACUAAUAACCUUUUCCUGUUGCCAGUAUGAGGUCUUAUGAUUAAUGUUUCAUUAUUAUUUUGCUCUUGGCACCCUGGUUCCCUCUGCUUUCUUCCGCCGGGUGCAAAAUUUACUUGAUUUUUACUCCAAAUUAAGAGUACUUUAAGUGCUUGUGUUAAUAGAAGGAAGUUCUAAACC